AUGGAGUGCGAGCAGGCUUUCCAGGAUUUGAAGAAGUAUUUGGCAAAAGCCCCACUUCUAUUAACCCCAGAGCCAGGCUUCUCAGGUCGAAUCUCAACAUGGUUCGUCGAGUUAAGACAAUACGACAUUGACUCUCAGCCACGCGCUGCAAUCAAGGGCCAAGUGUUGGCUGAUUUUGUGGGAAAAUUUUCACAUGCAAUGAUGCCCCAGCCUCCUAUGAGAAAGGAGGAGGCAACUGGGAUAGCUGCCAAGAAGGGGAAAGCACCAGCCGAGCAGGAUCCCCUAGAAUGGAAGUUGUUUAUUGACGGAUCAGCAUGUAACACUGGUUCAGGAAUUGGGGUUGUGCUCUUUCCGCAUGCAGAAGUAAUGCUCGAGCUGUUUGUUCGAUUGGGUUUCAGUGCUUCCAAUAAUGUAGCGGAGUACGAGGCACUCUUGGCAGGUUUGAGGAGUGCAAAGACCUUAAAGGUAAAAAGAAUAAUGGUGUACUGUGACUCACAGCUUAUGGUGAACCAGUUGUCCAAAGAAUAUGAAGCCCGAAAUGAGAAGAUGGCAGCCUACAUAGAAGCUGCCAAGGAUCUACUUGACACUUUUGAGAAAGUAUACGUUGAGCAAAUAAGUUUUGUGCAUGCCCAUGUAGAUUCACUGGCUUGGCUAGCCACAGCUGUGCCAACCGAGUUUAAAAGGAAGGUGGCUGUGGACUAUCUUAGUGAGCCUAGUAUUGGAAGAAGUUUGGAGUUGGUCUUGGAUGUGAACCAAGGUCCAAGUUGGAUGGAUCCAAUCGUGGAGUAUUUACGAGAUGAAACACUCCCCUUUGAUAAGAAGGAAGCUCAUAAAAUAAAAACCAAAUUUGCAAGGUUUUGGCUGUUCCUAAACGGAAAGUUGUAUAGGAAGUCCAUUACAGGUCCCUAUCUGCUUUGUGUGCAUCCUGAGAUGGUGCAAAAAUUCCUUCACGAAAUUCAUGAGGAGACUUGUGGGAGCCAUACAGGGGGUAGAUCCAAAGCCCGUCGAGCGAUAACCCAAGGGUAUUGGUGGCCACAUAUGCAGGAAGAUGCUAAAGUUUACACAAGGUUGGAUAAGGCAAAGGGAAAGUGGCCCGAUGAGCUACCACUGGUCCUGUGGGCGCACCGAGCAAUGCUAAGGAGGUCUACGGGAGAGACCCCUUAUUCUUUGGUAUAUGGAACAGAAGCAGUCAUACCAUUAAAAGUUGGUCUGCCGACCAACAAGACGGCAUUGGUUGAAAGUGGGGGAAAUAACAGGGCCCUGGCAAUUGAGCUGGACCUUGCCGAGGAGAGGAGAGGAGAGAAAGGGCCCUGGGAGCAGGGAAUAGACAUGAAUGCACUGAUUGCUAAGUAUGAAAACACUUAG